AUGCUCUACCUAACAGCUACCGCAACUCUAUCGGACAACAUCAAAUGUGUGUAUCCCAAGGAUACAGAAGAGGAACCGGCUGAGUUCUGUUUCGAACUGGUUUGUACUGACUGUCGGGAAAAGCAUGAUUCCAAGGUCACCAUAAACAGAUUCGAAGAACAUGAGAUGAGUGGUGGUAAGGGUAAGGCUUCUUUUGUGAUGAAAUGUAAAUUUUGUGGAAAAGACUGUUCCGUAACCUUGGCUCUCAAUGAAGAAUAUAUCUACAGUCCUGAAUGCCGUGAAGAAUUGAUGGCAAAUAUCAAAACGAAGAGAAAGAAGCACGGAAUCAAGAAUAUUGAUUUAGGGAAAGCUGUACUUUUGUCAUUAGACUGCAGGGGAUGUGAAGUGAUUUCUCUAGACCCAUCAAACUUAAUUUUUGUAGUCGAGUUGCUUUCUGGUAAGACAAUGGAAUGCUCUUUUGAAGAUGGAGAAAAUGAAUGGUACGACUAUGAUGAGGAUCUUGGUGAAGAGGUAUCUGUAACCGAUGUAAUUUUCGAUAUUGAGAAAGGUAAAUGA